UCACCUCAUCAGCCGGAGAAAUGUAAUUAUCGUGUAAGUCUAUACAUACGUAGAUGCAUAUUUAUGUCACACACUGUGCACGUUUAGUUAUUAACGUAUAGUUUGUCCGCAAUCUAUAUUGCGCUCAGAGUAAAUCUGCCUCCCGCUGCAGUCCUGAGGUCUAGUAAAUCUGUUAUUUUCUUACUUAACUGUCGUGGAUGUAUUUUACUGAAAACUACAAUUCCCCAAAGGCUGUAUUUUGGCUCUGUGAGCGGGAUGGCCGGUAUCUCUUAUGCGGCUGCAGUGACCUCGGGAGGGGGAUGUGCGAAGAAAAGCGUCUUUUAACCGGGGGGGCUCCAUGAAACCAGAUGCUCUGCCUAAGAUAAGGAAAUAGCGAAUAGGCAAAUGUUAAACUGAUAUGAAUACUAGGAGAUGGUGAAUGGCACAGCCCGGGUCUUACGCAUCUCAAUGCACGAUCGCCAGCCGCCGGGUUUAAUGGUAAUAAAACGUCUACCGAAGCAUGAUAACCCCCCUGGAGUAGCUGCUACCAUCGUGCCUCGUUGGAAGACACCCGGGGCGAAGUGGCGAGAGAAAGAGCCGCAAACGUGGGAAGCGGUCAGCCUAGUUUACAGCAGUGGGAAAUGCCCCCAGUCCUACAUGGAUAGAAGCUGCUGACCCCUACGGCUGAAGUCCCAGCACAGAAGGGGGGGGCAAGCGGGGGCAGCUUGACAUCGCCUCCUCCUGGUGACAGCACUUCUGGGAGAGAAGUAAUCUAGAAGGAGUUGAAAGGAAUUCCACAAGUCAAGAGGUAGAUCUAUCAGCUUAGAUCAGGUGGAACUGAGAUACCAGUACAUGGAUAGACGGGAUUUCAGGUAAAUCCAGCCCGGACUGGACUUGUCUUGACUAGGGAUACUGGGACAGACACGUGUCCCCAGAGUCCACAUCUGAUAUCAGCCCCAAAGGACCUGGAGGGGGCGAUAUGGAGCAGGGGGCUCGGGCCAGGGCCGCCACAGGAACUGUGCACUGCAUCUCCCGCUUCUGGGUUCUGCUGGGAUCACUGGUUCUCAUCUUCCUCACCUCACUGCUCUUCUCCCUGCGUGGGGGGGGCAGGCUGUACAUGGACCCCGCCAGCUGGGAGGAGGUACGCCGAGUCAAACUAGUGCCAAGCUAUUCUAGAGGUGUGCAGCCUCGGCAUCUAGAGGGAGUCGCUCUGCGGACCUGCUCCUGCCACCUCUGUGUGGGGGACCGGGGGGCGUCCCGCUGGUUCGAUGACAAUUUUGAUCCUGACAUCUUGCCUGUAUGGACCGAGGACAACAUCGAAUUGCCAGCUGAUGUUUACUAUUGGUGGGCGAUGCUCCAGCCACAGUUCAAGCCUCACGGCCUUCGGCAUGUGCUGUCGCGGCUCUUCAGGGUGAUUCCAGGUCACUCCCCCUUUGGCCCCCGGAGCCCCUCCCGCUGCCUGCGUUGCGCCGUGGUGGGAAACUCAGGCAACCUACUGGGGGCAGGUUACGGCCACACGAUCGACGGGCACGACUUCGUCAUGAGGAUGAAUUUGGCUCCCACUGCGGGCUAUGAAAAUGAGGCAGGCAGUCGCACCACCCACCACUUCAUGUACCCCGAGAGUGCCCGCAACCUGGAUCCCAACGUCAGCUUCAUACUGGUGCCCUUCAAGACCCUGGACCUCCUGUGGAUCACCAGUGCCCUGUCGACUGGCCACAUCAGCUUCACUUAUGCUCCAGUGAAGCAGUUCCUGCAGGUGGACAAGGACAAGGUCCAGAUCUACAACCCCGCCUUCUUUAAGUACAUCCACGACCGCUGGACCCGACACCACGGCCGCUACCCCUCCACAGGCAUGCUGGUGCUUUUCUACGCUCUACACGUGUGUGACGAGGUGAACGUGUUUGGCUUUGGCGCAGAUCAAAGAGGGAAUUGGCACCACUACUGGGAGGAGAAUCGCUACUCCGGAGAGUUCCGCAGAACAGGUGUCCAUGAUGCUGAUUAUGAGGCUCAAAUAAUCCAGUUACUGGCCAAGGCUGGAAAAAUCACUGUGUUCCCUGGCAACAGGAAGCCCUAAAUGAUGGUGACGCUCCUCAUUUAUCCACAGAUGGUCUUAUUACAGAGUUUUUUUUAAUGUUUAGGUACAAGGGUAAUAAUAGGUGGACAAACAGAGCAGAACUGCUGAUCUUCUGAAAAACGCAUCCUACCAUUGUUGGGUGAACAUGUGCAGAAGUUCCCCCACUGUCCAACUGCAGCCCUAUGCUGGUUCAUCACAAACAUCUACACCAUUAGAAGGGCAAAAAGAUGUGGACAUCAGGGGCAGUACAAGCUUACUGAUACCCAGACAAACAUGGGAGGACACUGUCUUUUAUGCAACUGAUAAACUUUGCCUCCUCGGCUAAUACAAUCACCAGCCAUCAUCUGUGACUGUGCAUCUGAACCCUAUUACACCCUUGCAGUGUAGCAAAAACUAACAGCAACAAUAACCAUGUUGAAUUUUACAUCUUUUUACAUCCUUUUUUAGCAUGUAUCACAUUUCCCGUUUAAAAGAUUUCUUUAGGCAGUUAGAUGUUAUUUCUUCCUUCGCGUUUUGAGUAGCCCUUUGUUUACAUGAAAACAUUCUUCUUGGAUACUGCUCUGAUCAGCAGUGAGUACUGUAGUAGUGAGCACUGAGACGUGUCUGGAUUUACACACAAGAUUUAUACCACUGGUUAUACCAGGAAACAGCAAUAAUUACCAAGCAUACCUUUGAUAUCAAACCAUGGUUUAAACAAUUUGGGUUGUUCCCAGUGAAUAACAGGUGUGUGUCUUUUUGUCAGUUUAAUGGGAAGUCAAGAAAUGAUUUUGCCAUUAGUGCUGCAAGGCGAGCAUAGCACUUGCAGGAUGUCCACCACUACUGGCUGUAUCAAAAUGUGGUUCCAUCAUGCCCAGAAGUACAAAGAGAAAACCUUAGGAGCCUCAGCUUCUUUAUGAGAACGACCAUUAUUCUGGAGUCUAAAGUCACAUGCAUGCUGUGGUGCUACUGGGGGCCCCAUGAACCGAGAAACACAUUUCAACUGCUGCUUUUUGAUUGGUGGGUGCUGACACUUCGACGAGGAGGAGUUGAUCCAAUCAAUAUUAUUGGUUUGCUGCGUCCAUGACAUGUGGGUUUGAGAGCGACCCUCUCUGAGUGAUCAUCAUAGUACCUGCUAGCAGCACUGAAUUCCUCUGGCGGGGAUAGGGCGGGCAAGCAGAAGAAAUGUUUUAUUUAGGAUUAUUAAUACAUUUGGCAAAUUUGGUGGGGUUUUUUUUUUUUGCUUGUGUUUACUUUUACAGGGAGUCAUAAAAUUCAGAUGAAGCCACAAAAGUGAAUGAGCAGCUGCGUUUGCACAUUAACACACAUGCCAGUGCCUUGAUCUAGUUGGUAUCAUCUCAUCCCACCCUGGGGCUCAACCCUGGAAAUAUACAGGCUUUGCUUUGUGCGUCAAGGACCCCCCUAUGGCAGCUGUCAUUUCCCAGCUGCAGCUGGUCACAUGCUUAUUACCACAGUGACCAGUGACUGUGACUCAUAAAUUCCUUUCUGGUUUCUGAGGGGGCAGGGUAUCUGUACAAAAUGAAUCAUCCAUGACUCACCCAUCAUUAAAAAAAUAAUAUAUAUCUUUCCUUUAUUCACUAAUAUAGUCCCUACCAAAGAUUAAUAUUUUUGCUGCAUCACUGCAUUGUGAGUGAUGUACCCAGCCUGUUGACUAAUCAAAAAUUGAUUCACACAGUAGUGAUGCCCUUCCCAAUUGCUGAAGGGAGCAGUCACCACCAAUACCAUCAUUUUUAUGUUCUAUGUUGUGUUUUAAAUACAUGGUUUCUCUGUGUGACUCCUGUUGAAAAUAAUAAAAGUUAUAUCUACAUUGA